CGAAAAUAUUGCAGCACAAAAAUACACAUGCACCAUCGUACCCAUGGACGCGAAUGGCGAGAUUCACAGGAGCGAAGGAUUUGAACACAAAAAUGAGCACCCGAUGGAACAGGAAGAGGCAUGGAAACUAUACCAGCAGGACAUGGACGACACGGCGAAGCUGAAGCAAACAGGAUAAAGAGUGGAACAAGCACCUAUCCCAUGCAGCAAAAAAGAAAAGAGGCAACCAAACAAAGAGGACCACACGCAGAGUGAUGACGGCGACGAAGCAGCAUAUCAACAAGCACAAGAGGACAGACAUGAUGCAGGCGAGGAACCAGAACACAAAGGAGGAUGCGCGGACUCGGAGCAGGGUAGCGAGAACAUAGAGAUACCGAUGUUACCGAUGAGAGCAGAAUGGAGAGAGCGGACCAUCCCGUCGCCGAACCUCGACUCGGCCAAGACCGUGCUGUAUGCGACGACGGUGAAGCGCAAGAAAGGAGACUACGCAGACAUCAUGGAGUUUGAGAUGGCGAGGGCGGCGAAUACCGAGAAUGACUGCAGCGGCGUCGACCUGGCCUUCACGGAGCUGAGGUGGGACGCCCUGCAGCAAUGGCGCACGCAGAUAGACGACGGACGAAUCGCGGCGGUCAUAGUGGAGAUGCCAGAAUGCCACGACACCCAGGAGACGAGAAAGAACAACAUAUCGGGCAGCUGGACGACCGAGAAGACGCAGCGCAAGAAGCAGAUGGAGGAGAACGACGCGCUGAGGGCUGGGGUGAUGCUGGCCACUCACGCGGCGCUCCAGAGCAUCCCCACGGUGAUGCAGUGCAGGACGGCCUUCUCCAGCAUGCCCGAGGUGACAGAGCUUCGGAAUCUGGUGCCAAGCCAGAUGCUGGAGCUCAGGAACACACUGAGCGCGUUUAGGGCAAGGACGGACAGCUCACUCCUGACAGUCAACCUGCCAGGAGUAGGCGAGGUCGGUCAGACCAGGCCCGAAGUAGCAGUUGCAAGUUCUUUAGUACAGCUCUGGGGUGGAAAGCACGGGUGGUCCUGGGAGCCCCACUCACUCACGGGCCAAUGGGCCCACAUUUGGCCGAUGGACCCCUACCCCCACCAGAGCUGACGGCUGCCUCCGAAGGAGGAAGUAGUAUACCGCCAAGGCGAGAGCUACUCGAGGCGGGGUCGGUGUUGGACUGGUCACACCGCCGACCCCAGUGCCAAGGCACACCCCCUGCCUCGGGGGGGCCCUCUUUCUCCUCUCCUGUCCUC